AUGAUAAACAACAACGAUUAUGAUCAUAAUUUGAAUGAAGAAGUCGGUGUUAAUAUUUCCGUUGAAGUUUUGGUUUAUGAACUACCUCAACUUGAUGACGACGACGACUACGACGACGACGACGACGAUGAUGACGACUUUGAUAUGAAUGAUGUUCCAAUUUGCUUUGUGGCGGCAAGUGAAGAGUCAAUCGAGAAAUUAGAAAAAGUUUGGGUUAAAGAUAAUCCAAUUUUUUGUUCGAUUUGUUUGGAGGAUGUUUCGGUUGGUUUGGAAGCUGCUAAGUUACCAUGCACUCACGCGUAUCAUGAAGGAUGUGUUGUUGAGUGGCUACAAGUUAGUAAAUUUUGUCCAAAUUGUAGAGUCGAGAUAGUUUAA